GCCACAGGGAAGUACAAAGGAAGUCUGUGAUUGAGUUUUCCAAACGUACAUUUUAGCUGUAUUUUGCCACUUGGAAGUUAAUCUUUGCGAUUUAAGUCACGGAGAAUUGAAAAGGCGUGCGACGGGUCAAGAUGAGUCUGUCUGAGGAGCAGCAGGAUUGCAGACCUUGCAGAGAUGAAGAGGAGCUCAAAGAUCAAGAGGAAGACGACAUCCCUCUGGUGGCUCUUGCACCCGAUGCUUCGUUCCCACAUGAGCAGCCCUCCACCAGAACUGAUGUCUCUGAUAGUCCUGCUUUCCAGUGCUUAGAUGAGUUGUUGUCGUCAGGCAGAAUCAGCCCAACCAAAGUGGCCAAAUUUAAAUCCAUGUACAGACGACUCCAUGGUAAUCUGAAGAGCAGCCAGGACUGUGAGCUCCAGCUCUUAAAAGAAGCCAAAAGUCGUCGUGCUGAGCUGGAGAGGCUGCAGGCCGCGCUGGAGCAAGCAGAGGAGCAGAGCACCUCUGAGCAGCCUGAAAGUGAGGUCAAUGAACUGAGGCGGCAGCUCCUCCAGGCAUACAAUGAACUGAGAGCUGCCGAGGACAGAGAGUACAAGACGCAGCACAAACUGAAAUGUCUCAGGGAAGAGAAGCAAUAUCUGGAGAAGGAGAAUGAGAUUCAGCCCAAACCUGCUGAAAUGGAGAGUAGAAGAAAGGCGCUGCAGGACAAAUGUGAAGAUCUGAGGAGAGAAGUUGCCCAGAGACAACUGGAUAUCAGAAGUCUGAUGGAAGAUCUGGAAGCCCAUGAACUCCUGAUAUUGAAAGAACAGAAAGAGCUGGAAGACAAGAAUGAGAUCAUAGAGCUCAAAGAGGCUGAGAAAGUGAAGCUCAUUAGCGUACCUGACCAGAUUUUAAAGGAGGUCGAAAGGAAAAGCUCUAAAAGGGAAGCUGAGCAGAAGAAGAUAGGAGCCCUAAAUACCGAGAUUUCCGAAAUGGAGCUGUAUGUGAAGCAGGUGGAGCAGCAUAACAACUCGCUCAGGAGGAGGAAGAGGGAGCUGAAUGAGGAGCUGGAGGGUCUCCGGGCCAAAGUCGAGGAGAGUCAGAGGGAGGGCAGACAGCUGCUGAAAGAGCAGGAGGUCAAGCGGGAGGAAGAGGCUGAAUUAACAGGGAACAGAGGGAUCCUGGAAAUGAAGUUACAGACUGUCAUGUGUGACAGAAAGUACCUGUAUGAGAGCCAAUCUGUGCAGCUCAGGGAGAAAAACAGACAGAUGCAAGCCCUCAAGAAGAUGGAGCAGGUGUUGACUUUUGCCACUGAGCAGCUAGAGCACGCGCAGUCUAUCCACAAUGAACUGCAGGCACAGUUAGACGCUGUUCCCAAAAGAGAGGCCAGCAUUCAGCAGCGACUGGAGCUUCAGAAAGAAGUGGAUGCUCUGAGGGGCAGCUAUGAGAAACAGCUAUCAGCAGCAGAGGAGGAGAGCAGAAAGAAGCAGCAGUUCAGUGUGAUUCAGGAGCUGCUGAGGGAGUCAAACAGCCUCAGAGAAGAACUCCAUAACCUCCGAUGUUUGACACACAUCAAAGCUGAGGAGAGGGGCCAGAAGCACCGUGAACGGCUCAGGGCUGAGCAGCUGAACCAGCACAUCCAGCAGGAGCUGCAGGAAAAAGCCUUAAUCAUCACGGACCACAACAAGCUGAAUACUAUGCUGCAGCGCAGGGUAUCACAGUAUUGUAAGCUUUGCCACAUGAUUACAGAAGAGAAGAACAAGUACAUAAAGCUGAAGCAAAUCGCCUCCCAGACGAUCACAGAGCUGAUGGAGCAGGUGAAGGUGCUGGAAAAUGAGCUGGAAAUCCAGCGUACCCUUGCCACCAACAAGGACAGAUCACUUACAAAGGCUCGGAUGAAGCUCUCUAAUAUUGCCAAAAUGAGAGACAAACUCCAAAAUGACAUCUCAAAGGCUGCCUGGAAGCACAGACAGUUGAGUCAGGAGUCUGCAGACAACAAACUGGAAUCAAUGAGACUCUCAAAAAUGAUCAACGUCCAGGAGAAAGCUCUUCUGGAGAUUAAUCGCAAUCAAGAAACGGCCAUGCAAAGGCGCAAUUCUCUCGGCAUCCAGCUGCUGGAGCACGAGGAGGUUUUAUUUAACUACUAUGAGAAAGUGAACAUUCAGGAGGCUGCCAUUACUAAAGGCAAUAUGAUGCUGGAGAGCCUGGAGAAGGAGAUGAGAGACUUACAGCUGGUCAUAAAUGAGGAGAAGAGACAGAUAGAGCUGAAAAAGAAGGAGGUGCCUUUGAAGAGAAAGUUCGAAGAGGAGAUCACAAUGCUGCAGAUUGAGCUGUCAGAAGCCAGAGACAAGACGAUUGAAUGUCUAAAUAGAACAAUUGAAUACAAGGAGCUAAAAGGCACAGACCCCUCUCCUGCAGAGCUCAUCAAAAAGAUUGAACAGCUGGAGGUGAAUCUAGCAGAGAGGGAGAGGCAGGUGCUGGAAAAAGAACUCCUUGUGGACCAGGUGACCCGGCUCUCGAAGCCGCUCAGCGAGCAGGCAGAGAACUGCCAAGAGGACAGACUCUCGCUGGCAAAGAAGCUGAACGAGCUCCGAGCUCACAUCAUCGACACAAACCACCGCAUGAUGGCCGCUUCUGCAGAACUUUCCAUGAAGCAAGCCGUUGCUCUGGCUCUGCAACAGGAGAUCAAAGAGAAAGAGCUCAAGAUGGACAGGUGCCAGCAGCAGCUGGAGCAGGACCUGCCACCCUGCCCUGAGAUAGAGGAGGAGUGGCGGAGGAUGCUGCGAGACAAGAAGAGGAGACAGAGGGACAAAGAGGAGAGAGAGAGGCUGGCUGAAGAAAACCCGUGGACCCAGUUGCCUAAUGGAGUGUACACCACAGCUGAAAUCCGUCCCAACGCGUACAUCCCCCAGACGGAUGAGCUCCCGCUGCCAAAACCCUACGGGGCCCUGGCCCCCUUCAAACCCUCCCAGCCAGGUGCCAAUGUGAGACACAUCCAUAAAGCAACACUUAAAUCUUCAGAGAGCUCAAAUACAUCUCAAAUGGACUCAUAAGACUGUGAGUCUUGGUCUGGUUGAUCUUUUAAAGCAUUGAAUCAAAAUUAGUUUCCAGUGCAUUUUGCUUAAUUCCACUUUCCUGCAUUCUGCUGUUGUUAGGGAGCGACCUUUCUGAUUGCAUCUGUUUGUAAUUUUGUUCUCCUGUUUUAAACUUACUGGCAACAGCUUGUUUACACUCCUGCUUACAGUAACAGCACAUUCAGUAGAAGAGAGGAAAGCAAGAUGGAGUACAGGGAGAGAUAAAAAUUUAUGUGUAUUGUUACUUUAUGUCCAACGAUGUGUUGUUGUGGAUUUAUUUCUUCUCUAAGCAACAUAUCAGGUUCUACCUUCCUCUUACAUUAGAAGCCAUAAAUUCAUUUCUCACAGACACUGCAAUAUUUCAAAAACAUUUGUAAAUCUUUGUUGCUGUUUCAUCCCCCACACUUGUAAUCCUGCAGCUGGUUUAAGCUCCUGGCAAGACUAAGAAUGCCAGCAUAAUGCCUGAAAUGAUAAAUGUAAACAGAGGAAGAGGAUUGGGCAAUGAAAGCACAGAGAGGAUGACAAGAGCGAAGAGAAUGUAAAUGAGGAGAAACAAGCGAUGGCAAUCUAAAAAGGGAAUAAAAGAAAGAAAACAGUUAAGACUGGGGCUGUAAAUGGGGUGGAGAGUUCAGAGUGGGUUACUAAUGUUCGUGUCGUGGGAUUAGUUAGACUGUUUUUGUUGUGAACCUCGUUUUUAAGAGAAAAUCUGUAUCAGAGGCUCCAAACUACAUCUGCAGUUUCUACCUUUUAUUAUCAACAGACUAGGGGGAUUAAAAAUAUUAACAUAAAAAGGUCAUUCGUUUUGGAUGUUCAAUUUCUUUUAACACAAACAGGUGUUCUAUUACAGCUGAAAGCUGUAAUAGAACAAGUGUUGCAGUGCUAUCAAGGCUGUAUAAAAUACUUGUUUUGAAACAGAUCUUCUGAGUUUGCUGAGAUUUGUCAUUAGUUGUUCAUAUUAUUAGAAAAGAGUCAGUUAUUACAGUUGAAGUACCUUGGAGAAUUAUGAGGCAAAACCAAUCAGAAGUUUAAGAAAGUGUUCUAAGAUUAAAGGAUAAGCCUUCAAUUGCUCAACAUUUACUAAAAAAAAGGAAAAAAAUAUAUACUAAGGUCAUUGAUAUACAAACUAGUAAUCUUAGAGUAAUCAAUAGAG